CAGCCGAAGUUGACAAGGAGCACUAGGCCGCUGAGCAUUUCGGAUCAGUUCGCCAAGGGCGAACGCAGUGGGAUUCAGCAGAGUGGUGCGGACUCUUUGCCGUCCCGGACUGGGCGACGGCGUUUAACGAAGUGCAGCGACCAGCUUUAGAGUUAACCGCACAGGAAGUUGCAUGAAGUUCAUACGGCUUGCUCGCUCGCGCGCUCGUACAAUGCCUUGUCGUGCAGCCUCUCUUCACAGCUCAGACGCUGCUAGCUUUUGCACCACGGCGAGCGUGUUAGCGUCGGUGGAGACGGCCGCUCUUCAUGCUCGAAAAGUGGGCUCCGCCGGCUGCAACAGGAGCAAAAAGUUUAGUAUCUGGGACUUGACCAACUGCACGAUGUACGCGCGCGAUGCAGCACGGAGAAAAUCUUCUUUUGGCCGGGCACCUGGAGGCUGCAGCUCCGGCUUGCUCAAGGUGGCCAUUGCUUGCGGAUGACGAAACUCUUCGGUUCUACGAAAUUCUCGGCUUGAAGGAGGCCUGCUUGGUCCCUGGCAAGUUGUCAACUAAAAGACCGUUUGCAGAGGCGGUCAGGAGAACGGUGAUGACAAGAUCGGGUGCUGCGGACGCCAGCCGUGGACACUGGGUGAGCUGGUGGACCUGGUGAUCUGAAUCGGGGGCAUCAUCCCUUAGAAGACGACCGGCGCCAUUGAGAAGUAACGUUAGAGUGAGUCGU